AUGCGCCAGCAUCAGUCUCAUCAUCAACAGCAAGUUCAGCAUUCAACAAUCGAACAAAUACAUUCAUCUAUUUCUAAAAAUCUUCGACGUCCGUUAUCAACAUCACGAAUUGUCGAUUUACAACAACACCAAGAACAUUCACCUCAGGCAACGUUAACAUUAUCGAAUGAACAUCAAAAUGAAACAUUUCGUGGUAUAGAAUUAGAUAGUUCAAUAUUGAGUGUUUGUCAAGUUAAACGUCUACUACAAUUACUAGAUCAACCGAUAUUAAUUAAUAGUCACACUACUCUGCCAACAUUAACUGUAACACCAUCAUUAUUUCUGACACAAUUGCGUUUGGAAGCUAGACAGCAUGGUCUAUUUCUCAGAGAUCUUAGACUGAGUGGUGGUGCUGCAUCAUUUGUACUAGAUUCCACUGGUGAUCUUGCCUUUCGUGAUCUAGAUUUUUUGAUAUCUGUUCCGGAUGUUUCAUCGGAAGCAAGUUGGUCUAAUAUAAAACAAGCUGUUUUUUCUAGUCUACCAAAUCUUCAUUCUACAGCAUCCUUUACCCAUCACUAUCAACAAACUCAAUUAUCACUGCCAAAACGAACAUGUACAGAACUAAUCGAAGCUUAUACAGAUAAAAUGAUUCGAAUUUUGAAUAAUUAUGAUCGAUGGGGUCUAAUUAGUUUAAGAAAUACAGAUGGACGAAAUUUAGAAGUUAAAUUUGUUGAACGUAUGAAACGUCAGUAUCAAUUUAGCGUCGAUUCAUUUCAAAUUGUUUUGGAUCCAUUAUUAAAUUUUAUCGAUUCAAAUCAGAAACAAAGUACAAAACUUUUUAGUAAUAACAGUAUGAGUCAUAAAACAAAACAUCAUUUAAAAAACUUUCAUGAAGCUUUAACAACAUUAUCAAUGAUUGGACAAGCAACAUCUGUUUGCCCAACUAUUGUUGCCUUGUCAAAUUAUGGAAAUUUUCAUGUAGCCCUAAAUCAUUUACAUCAUCGUCUGAUUGCAGUUAAAGCACCAGAAGAAUUGAGAGGUGGUGGACUAUUGAAAUAUUGUGAUUUAGUUGCUAGAGGUUUUCAACCAGCUGAACCAACAUUAAUAUAUGAUUUGCAACGUUAUAUGUGUAGCCGAUUUUUUAUUGAUUUUCGUGAUUCAUCCACACAAGAACAAGUGCUAAGUAAAUAUGUUGGAAGUCAUUUUGGGACAGAUUAUUCUGUACGUUAUAGAUUUUUAUAUUGUCUAUACGAAGUGAUAUCAAACGAUUCGGUAUGGUUAAGUGGAUAUGAAAGAACAUGUUUUCUACAUGCUAUAUCGACCAUGGCCACAACAGCAAUGGCUAAAUCAUGUUUCGAUUAUCAUCAGCAACAUCACUCACUUAUUCCAUUCGCAACAUCUCAAACAGGUACCAUAAAGAUAAAGAAAAUUCCACAUUGUUGUAUGACGUUAAGCUGUUAA